CAAUUUUUCCAACUCCAAAUGAGAAUAAUAUAAGAUUACGACAUAAUGAUUUUUUAUCUUCUUUAGAAAGCAAAAAUUGGGCUGAUAAUGACCAAGCAGAAAAUCUAGAACAUCAAACUGUUUCCAAAACAGUUAUUUCUGAACAAUUAGUUGUUAAGAAGAAUAACAGAAAAAUUAUAUUAGUUGAAAAUUAUAAGAUUGAAAACGUAGAUGAUAAAGAAAAUUAUAUAAUUUUUAAAGAAGUAAAAUAUACUAUUAAAGAAUUUUGCGAAUAUCCAUAUGAAGUAAACAAUAGAUUUAGAAUAGAAGUAAAAGAUAUGUUAAAUAUGGUUCAAAAAUUACAAAAAGAUAUAGAAGAAUUAGAAAAUUUUAUUG